UGACCUUCAAUCAGCUGAUCGCGUUUAUUUACAGUGUUGUCUGCCUGGUUCUGUCUGUCAAAGAGUGAUUUAAACACUGUUUUAUGGCGUUCAAUUGCCUCCUACUCAGACAAAAACACACAUAAAAGCACAGAGAAGCAAAUAAGUUUGUUAUAUGUAACGUUGGUACCGUAACGUUGAAGUGGUUUGUUAAUAAUACCGUACGUGUGUUGUGUGUGUGUUGCUGCUGUGAUAUCAUCUUACCGAAACAAAAAUGUCUAUGGAUUCUGGUGACCAACAUUGUGACACCAGUAAUGGAUAUGUUCACCUGCAUAAUCCCCACCUGAAAACAAUGGCGUCAGACUUCCUCUAUCACUUCAACCUGGGCACAGCCACGCAUGACCUUCCCGCCAUGUUUGGGGAUGUCAAGUUUGUAGUUGUUGGAGGCAGUCCGACACGUAUGGGGAAGUUUGCCCGGUUCAUUCACCAGGAGUUGGGUCUGCCAGAUUCGGAGGAGCCGCGGGACCUGGCUGAUACUGACCGCUACGGCAUGUUUAAGGCUGGACCUGUGCUGUCUGUUAGUCAUGGUAUGGGGAUGCCAUCCAUGUCCAUAAUGCUGAAUGAGUUGCUGAAGUUGUUGUACCAUGCCAGAUGUAGUAAUGUCGUCAUGUUUAGGAUGGGCACUUCGGGGGGGCUAGGCCUUGAACCAGGCACAGUUGUGAUCAGUAAGGCUGCUGUGGAUGCUUGCUUCAGACCAAGGUAUACACAGAUUGUACUAGGUAAGGAGACAAGCCGCCCCUCGGAGCUAGACCAGAGUCUGGUGGAUGAGCUGUUACACGUGGCAGGCCAGGAGGACGGGGUGACAGCAGUGACAGGGAACACCAUGUGUGCCAACGGCUUCUACGAAGAACAGGGUCGGCUUGAUGGAGCAUUCUGUGACUACACAGAAGACGACAAACUCCAGUACCUACAGAGGGCCAGAGAUGCCGGGGUCAGGAACAUUGAGAUGGAGUCACUCUGCUUUGCUGCUUUGUGUAAAAACGCAGGAGUGAAAGCUGGCGUGGUGUGUGUGACCCUGGUGGAUCGUCUCCGUGGAGACCAGGUCACGACCCCACACGACACACUGAAGGAAUGGGAGCUUCGGCCACAGAAACUACUGGCUCGAUUCAUACGUAGUCGGCUGGGCAUCAAAUAGAUAAGAUUUUAACCACGUUAAAAGUGUGGUAAAAAAUUCUACUACCGGUAAUGUUUUUUUAAGCUGAAUGGGUUUUUUCAAUGCAUCCGGCUAGCAAGCAAAGUGAAAUCAAGUCUGUAUUGGGUAGAAUUUACUACGAAGUAUUAGAAAUGGGAACGUUUAUAAAUGCAAGUAUGAAGAUUUCUUGGUGAUAAGUAGCAUUAAACUAGAAUACCGGUAUUGCCAAAAAAGGCUCGUUUUCAAACACAUUGAUUGCUACUGAUUUUAGACCCAGAGCUUCCAAAGAAAUGUGUUAAAUUUUGUUUAGAAAGCCUUGAAAUACAUAUAGCAGUAGUCAUAUGUAGCUUUGAUUUUGUGACAUGGCAGGUACUAUGGUUUCAGAGAACAAUAUCCAAACUAUGUUGAAGGUUAGACAUUUUGGUAAGCAAAAUAAGUACUGACAUUGGCAAUUCAAACUCUACUACAGUGGAUAAAUUAUGGAGAUUAUUUCUGGACACCAUCACUCUUCUUCGGCGUCAUUAAUGAACAGAACGUAGUUUGAAUUGCCUGUGAGUUAUAUCCAAACUUUUAUACAAAUUUCAGUGUUCAUGUACAUCAAAGCUCAAGUAAAUUUAUGUUUUUGACAGGCAGAUUGUGACCACUUCCAAUAGGUAACUGCAGUGUAUUUUUUUCUUGUCCAGUCUGAGCUUGUUCUAUUCAGGGCCAAAUGGGUAGGAAUAUUUUUGCUUCACAUAACUUUAGACAAAUCUAGUCUUAAAUCAUGGAAGGUGGAGUGGCAUUGAAAAUACAGUAGCUAAAAUUCCAAAUAUUGAUGUUACUACUAAAGAAAUGUCAAAUGUCAAUGCAACAUUUAAAGGUUUAUUGUCCCACUAUCUAAAAAAAGGCAUUUCUUGUGAUCAAAAAAACAAGUACAAAAUGUCAGCUCUUAUACCUUGUCAUGCUUUUAUCAAUAAACAAAGAUGUAAAGGUAUGAAAUAAAAUUUACAAUAUGCUC